GAAGCCCAGAAAUAAACGAGUCGCGAUCGCUCCGAACCGUCGGUGAAGGGUUGGCCAAAAUUGUUUCAGCAUAUAUGGAAAUUACUUUAACGUCAUCGGAAUAUGAAACAAGGACCUGCAAGUUGCAUGUGAGAAAUCCACCUGAGUGCACACACUCAACUCCAAUUAAAACUCCACAAAAAUCAUUGAAAAAGCUUUAGCAUGUGCUCAAAAACAUUGCUGCUCCUAGCCGCCAUUCUAGCUGCUCGCUGUUUUGGCAGUGGCUCUUCCAGACGAACGCUCGCUUUGGCCUGCGAGGAGGCGAUGGAAUCGACGCCGGGGCUCAAAAACAAUAGGUAUAGCUAUAGAAGCCCCACCGACAACAAAAACAACAACAACAAUAACAACAACUACGACAACGAUUACAACUACAAGUGGGAGUACGGGGAUGUGGAUGUAGAUGUCGACGCUGAUGGCAUUGCAGAUAGCAACGAGGACGACAACAAUGACAACUAUAACUACAACAGAGCACCGGCCAAAUGGCAGAAAAAACUCUACGGAAAUCCCAUCCACAGCAUAUACGACAGGCAGCAACAUCUACAACGGCAGCAGCAGCAGCAACAUGAGCAGCAGCAGCAGCAGCAGGAACAACAGCAACAGCAACACCAACAGCAACAGCAACUCGACGAUGAUCCAGAGAAUGCUCGCAAUGACUUCCGUCUGCAAUUGUCCGACUUAAAUGCGGCCGUUCAAGGUGUGGGCAGGUUUGUUGUUGCUCAGGACCAUGACAGCAGCAAUAGUAACAGCAAUAGCAACAGCAGAGGCAACAACAACGCGAAUGGUAGGGGCACCAGUAACGAGAACAGCAACAUCAACUGGCUGCAGCCACCGGAGCAGGAGCAAUUGUUGCUGGCUCGUCGCAGUCGCAGCAGCAACAUCAACCAAAGGGCAGCCAUGGAUGAAACAGGAACAGCAGAACCAGGUCAGCCGGAGUACGCCGACAAUGAGUUCCCAACUGAUGGCGCUGAUUAUGUAGAUAUUGAGGGCGAGGAGGAUUAUGCCGGCCAGGACGAGGACGCCGACGAGCUGAGUUCAAAUCUGCCCUACGGGAUCCAGAAUGUGCGCAAGCGCCGCGUUCGCAGUGUGAUGCCUCCGGCACCUUACAUGGGUCCCAAUCCCGGCUCAGACGGGGUGGUAACCUACCAGUCACUUUGCCCCACGAAUCGCGUAACCGUGAAGCUGGAUAGUGGCGAUUACCGACCCAACCACUACGUUGAGGUGACCUGUGCCCACAGCUACUCCCCUCAGCCGUCGAGGACCCACAACUAUGAGUACGGUUACAGGGGCAAUGAACUGCUCCGAGCUCUGCUCUCCGAGCGUGGCGAGAAGCGCGAAAUCUGUUCGGCGACGGGCUUCUCGUGCAUCCAGCUCAACCGGACCAUCCACCUGAUCCGGCUGAACGACGCCUCCGGCUGCUGGGAAUCGGAGACCCGGACCGUGGCCUCCGGCUGCGAGUGCAUGUGGCCGAAGCACAGCUAUGGCGACAUAGCCUUCUACCACCAGGCGCAAAAGAGGCGGGGAGGCGUGACUGGGUUGCGACCCCAAGCACCCCCCAAUGUGGACUACAAGCCAGGAGUGGGCUACCGCCAACUCACUCUGAGGACAAGGAAUCCCAAGCCAGCUCCUCGCAGUCGACGCGAGGAUUUCGGCUACGAAAGCUACGAGUUUAACUAGUGUUGGAGGAGUUCGCCUAAAUC